AUGUAUAUAAACAUUGGAGCACUAAGAAAGAGACGACGAUAUUUUGAAAAGACCAGUUGUUUGCACCGGUUUGCUCGCUCGCGUGCGCCAUAUGCAAGAAAAGAGCCCCAUGCCUGUAGAAAGUUUGUUUGGUCAUGCUUGCCUGCUCACGUGCAUGAUAUGCAAGAAAAGACCCCCAUGGCCCCUGGGUUGUUUGUUUGUACCUGUUUGGUAUUUAUGACCUUGGGAGACCUUGACAAGCAAGGUGAUGAGUGCAUACUUAUGUGUAGUGUUGCCACAAAGCGAAUCAAAUCGAAUUGA